AUGGCCCGAAAUUCGUCUAAUUGGCCAGUGCAAGGAGAAUGCCCUUUAGUGGACGAGAAGCUCGCGCCAAACGAUAGUGAUGCUGGUGAAUGUCCUCCGCCUUGGUCUUAUUUUGUCGAAAAAUACUUCAGAGACCGUAAGGAACACAUAAAAUUCUGGUGCGAAACAAAUCCAGAAAGAACGCUUCAGGACCACUAUAAAUUGUUAGAAUCACUAAGAGAAGUCGAAAAGAAAUCAUUAAAUCGUGUUGAAAAAUACCAAUGUUUAAGUGGAGUACAUUGUGAUGAAUUAUUUGAAACAGGGGAAAGGAUACCGAAGCGAAAUGGAGUAACAGAUGUUUUGAAUAGUUAUCUACCGAAAUGCGCAAAUGGUAACAUUUCUCGAUAUUUUUAUAUUCUUUCCACUAAUUGGUCGCGUGAUAUGCUACUGGGAAGUUUGAAGGAUCUGGUAGGGAUCAAAAGAGAACAUAUUUUAUCAAACGACCUUGUUUUUGAUGACACCAAUCAUACAACUGGAAAAGUAAAACGUAGCGUACUUUCAGCACUUGAUAAGCUGUCAAUAUACAGUAAAUUGGAGAUUCCACGAGGAACAAUUUCUGUAUACAUUGGAGAUUCCGAUACAGAUUUACCGUGUCUGCUGGAAGCCAAUGUAGGGAUCAUCAUGGGAAGCAAAAAUACUCUUUCAAAAUAUUGCGCAAAAUUCGGGAUCGAAAUCGUUGAAGGAUUAGUUGGAAAGAUUAACACAAAUGACUUAAUUAAUACAAAGAAGCGACACUAUAAACUUUUUCGAGUUCAAAGUUGGAAAGAAAUUUCAGACAGUGGUUUAUUGGAUUGA